AUGAGGAACAUCCACACUUUGAAGAACGCAGAUGGUUCUAGUAAAAAGAAGCAGGGGUCUGUGGAUUCUUCAGAGGACGAUAUAUCCCUGUCCGGUAUAUGGAAGAGCUUCCCGCCUAUCACACGGACUAUGGUACUGGGGAUGUGUUUGGUGUCUGCGUCCUAUAUUUUGCAAUUGGUGCCCUUUUCAUUCUAUAUCUUCCAAGGAAACGAAGUGAUUCAUCACUUUCAACUUUGGAGAUUGGUCACUUCAUUUCUGAUUUUACCAGCAAAUUCCAUGAAUGCCCUUUUCCAACUGUACACUAUUACCACUCGAUCAGUGGAACUGGAGAGAGAGAGAUUUCUAGUUUCGAUGCAUUACAAUCCAUCUAUAGAUUAUCUGUUCUACCUGAUUUUCUGUACGACCUUUGUGAUUUUGUUUACAGUUAUGCGUGUUGGAACAGCGGAACCACUUGUGUUGACAGAUGCAUUGAGUACCCUGUUAACAAUGACUUGGUCCAUUGACAAUGCAAACUCAAAGGUUAUGUUUUAUGGGGUUCUGCCAAUUUACGGCAAAUACUAUCCGGUGGUGCAAUCGCUGACCACGUUUGUUUUCGGAGGCAAUCUCGAAAUGUUAGGGAUAUCCUUGGCAACUGCGUAUUUGUUCGCAUGCUUGGACACUCGGACGCUGGGUCCUGUUUGGGGGAAAAUUACAGGGAAGGGACCAUGGUAUGGUAUUGUCCCUGUCGGGAAGUUCCAUGCUCCCAGAUGGUUUGUAGCAGGUUAUGAAUUCUUUUUUGGUGGCACAUAUGCGGUGAAAAUAGCUAAAGUAAAACGUGAAGAAAAGAAAGCACACACUGGACAACGGUUAGGGUCGUUGAGCAGCGCUACAACGACCUCGGAUUUACCAGAAGCUAAAUCUAAAGGGUUUUUAGCCGCGGAAGCAAGGGCAAAAUCAAGGUUUGCCAGACCAUCUUCCAAUAGCAAUUGA